UGCAUUUGAAACCAAUUCUAUUCCUGAUUAGGUGAAUAAAAAGCUAACUGUAUUGGAGUCAACAAUGUAGGUUUACUGCCAAAGGUCCUGUACAGUCAGCGGUAGAUGAUUAGAUGGAUAACUGAUUAUUCUCCUGCUUUGAGGGGAUUACAAAUAUCUUGCAUUUAAGUGAUGUUACUGGAAGUUUCUUCCCACAAAAAAAAAAUCACCUUCAGACAAUCAGAGUUCUGAUGACAUUAUGUUGCUGUGGUUCUGUAAGUAGGACAGUUUUGAAACCCUUUAUUUUUGGAAAUAUACAAUACUAAUGGGAAGGGGCUGUAAAUGUACUCAAGCAUUGACAGAGAAUAUGAACUUAAUGAGUAUCUUAUUAAAAAAGAACAAUGGAGGAGAAUUUGUGGACGUGAACGUCUCCUCACAGCAGUGGUGUUGAGGAUGAGACCCACACUGUGCUCUGGGGGAGGGGGACACGAUGAUGUCAAAGCUGAGGUAAAAAAUGAAAAGGGGGGGAAUCCUGCUCAGCUGCUGCACAGAAUAAAACACAUCAGAAGAAUUAGGAGGGUGGGGGUCUAAUUAGACUAACAGGCGGCUGUGGUACGUUCACGGACACCCUGAGUCCUGCUCCCAUCAUCUUAUCCCUCCCUGUUCCUCAUCCAGAGCCUGGUCGUCACACUGAGGUCCCCCCCACCCCCGCCCCCCUGUUGUAGGCGUCACAUCUCCUGCUCCAUCCUUGCUGCUUGGUGGUGGUGGUGGUGGAUGAAGUCCUCGCUGCUUGGAUCUCAUCUACCUACGCUGAUUACGCACGACGACGCACAGAGCUGAGCGACACGGAUCUGCUGAGGCGGAGAGCUCCACGUCAGGAUCCACGGCGUCUGCGGCUCCGGUCCACACUGAAAAGCCAGGCUGGGAUUUCCUGCUGUUAUUUCAUAUCUGACAGAACCUCCGUGCCGUUAAUUCCCUCCCAUCCGUGUGUGUGAGAGUGUGUGUAUGCGCGUGUAUGCGUGUGUGUGUUGGGUGGAGUCAAGCAGGAAUUCUCCAAAUUGGAAAUCCAUUGGCACAGAUCAGGAGCAUCAUGAAGGACGGCAUCGCCAACAACAGCACGGCCAGCAUCUCCCAGGCCAGGAAAGCUGUGGAGCAGCUGAAGAUGGAGGCCUGCAUGGACAGGAUAAAGGUGUCUAAAGCAGCCUCAGACCUGAUGGCGUACUGCGAUGCCCACAUACGCGAGGACCCCCUCAUCGUGCCCGUGCCCGCCUCAGAGAACCCAUUCCGGGAGAAGAAGUUCUUCUGCACCAUCCUCUGAUGACCUCCAGGAGCCGCCCAGGUGCAGGCUUGGUGUUGCCUGGCUUCUCUGUCUUCAACACACCUGAAGCUAUUGGCUAUAGGCGUUGAGUUGAGUUUUGCCGGAGGACACUCUGUUGUUGGUCAGCUCUGUCCUGGUGGCUGAAGGGUUUGGGGGGGGAGUCAGCAACCAAACUGGCAACCCAGUGAGCGCAUAAUGUCUUGUUAAAUAGGUUUGUUAUUGCUUUGUUAUUAGAGAACAGCCUUGCUCAGUGCUUAAUGAGAUGAGAAAUGUUUUCCUUUCCUCUUCUUUCUUUUUCUUUUUUUGUGCUAUUUCCUAACACGCCUCAGGAGACAGAAAUUUGCCCAGCGUCUACUUUCUUUUCAACAUUAAUUCCCUUUCACUUUAUCAGAGUGAAAAAGACACAUCCGUGUUGUUAUUAUCUCGAGCAUUUGAACACAGAUUUGUUGAACCAAUUACUGAAAGUGCCGCUGAAAUCUGACACCUCCCUCCUUGGUAGUUUCUCUUUUAAUUUGCCCCCAGAGCUGGCGACGAUUACCUGGCUGGUUUCAGCUCCGCAGCACACGAUCACCAACCUUAUCUCACGUAUUUCAGUUGGAGCAUACGGCACUCAUAAUAGGGAGCAGGUGGCUGCACCGCGGUUCCGGUGCAAAUAAAUAAAUUGACUCUCGGCCUGUUGAAUGGUGCAGAGCUAAUGUUUCAGUGGUGAGAUGAGUACUCCAGGGUCAUCACUGUGCAAACAACCCUCAAGUCUAAAUAUUAUUUAUGAAUCAGCUCCCUCCUUUGAAGGCCUGCUCCCAUGCAUUCAGAUCUUACUGCUGGGUUUGACUCACGUGUCAUCUACAGUCCCUUAACCAAGAAACUUUUAGACUUAUAAAACUGAGUUCCUGUUUUUUUCUUCUGAUUUAUUCAUAUUUUGGGGCAUGUUUCCUGAGCCUGUCCUUGAGUGAGUGGCACGGCCUCUGACCUUUUUAUUUUUGACAGCCGCCUGUGUUUUGCAGAGACUGUCAGUCUUUUCGGGUGUACAGUAUGUUACAGUGCCAAUGUCUGUGUGAGCGGUGUGAUCACCACACUGUGACACUCACACUCACAGAACCUUCUUUUCCUCCUUUGAUCUAUUCGUUUUGAACUAAAAAGCACACUGUCGAGACCUUUCCUUUAUAUGGUAGUUGAUUAGCAUUUGCUGAUUUUUACAAUGAAUUGUCAAUUAUUGUUAUUAAUAUUGUCAUUAGUAGUAUUAUUGAAUAUUUGUUGCAUAGCACUCAAAGCUACAUGAUGUGUAGUGCUACUACGCUUGUAUGAAAACAUUUAUAAACCAUGCAAAUAUUACUAUCUGAGUAUUUUUAAAAAACAACAAAAUAAUAGCCAGGGGCCAGUUUACAUAAUGAGACCCUGUCACUUGUUCUGGCAUUUCCAUCAUUGUUUCUGUAAAA